AUGGAUCUGACACGCGAUCAGGUGGAAGCAGCGGUUCGUGCUUUGAGACCGGACAUGUUCGAUUUUGCUUAUUGGGUUCCGGAAAUGGCCAAGGAGUAUAGAGUCACGAGUGUGUUGUACAGCGUGGUAUCUGCUACUGCUAUAGCUCAUGACCUUUCCCCUGGCAGCGAAUUAGGAGUUCCUCCACCUGGUUAUCCUUCAUCAAAGGUGUUGUUCCGCGCACAUGAUGCUCACGCCUUGUCGUCUCUCUCCAUCUUCUACAAGAGGCUGUACCAUCGCAUGACCACAGGUCUUAUGAACUGUGAUAUCAUUUCAAUGAGAACAUGCCAAGAAGUAGAAGGUAAGUUCUGCGACUAUAUAGCACGCCAAUACCAGAGGAAGGUUCUGUUGACUGGUCCAAUGCUUCCUGAUCCAGAAAAGAGUAGACCACUUGAAGAUCAAUGGAGUAGUUGGUUGGCCGGUUUUAGACAGAGCUCUGUCGUGUUCUGUGCAUUGGGAAGCCAAAUAACUCUUGAAAGAGAUCAAUUCCAAGAACUCUGUUUAGGAAUGGAGCUUACUGGUUUACCCUUUCUUUUAGCUGUAAAGCCACCAAAAGGAGCAAAGACGAUUCAAGAAGCAUUGCCAGAAGGGUUUGAGGAGAGGGUGAAGGGUCGCAGAGUUGUUUGGGGAGAAUGGGUACAACAACCACUGAUCUUGGCUCAUCCAUCAGUAGGUUGCUUUGUGAGCCAUUGUGGAUUUGGGUCAAUGUGGGAAUCUCUAAUGAGUGAUUGUCAAAUAGUCAUGCUUCCAUUUUUAGGUGAUCAGAUCCUCAACACUAAAUUGAUGACUGAGGAACUUGAGGUUUCGGUAGAAGUUCCAAGAGAAGAAACAGGAUGGUUCUCGAAAGAGAGUUUGAGUGCUGCUAUCAUUUCUGUGAUGGACAAAGAUAGCGAGUUAGGGAGUCUUGUGAAGAGGAACCACGCCAAAUUGAAGGAGAUUUUGGUAAGUCCUGGAUUAUUAACAAGUUACACGGAUAAGUUUGUGGAAGCAUUGCAGAAUUUACUUAACGAUACAAAUCUUGAAUGA